AUGCCCCCAGACAGGCGGGCUGCCCCGCUCGGCCUCCUCCUCGCCUCCUCCUUCUGCUGCUGCUGCCGCCCCCUCCCCGCGCCCGUUGGGCCUCCAGAGGUUCCUGACCUGCAGUGCUACACAGACUAUGCCACGCAGGUGGUCUGCCACUGGGAUGUGACAAACACAACUGACUGUGGCAGGGAGUUCCAGCUGCGCGGUAGGAAUGAUGAUGGCAGCCAGCUGGAGUGUGUCCUCGAGAACAGGAGACUCCCCGAAUCUGCCUCAGCUAGCUGCGUUUGCAUCAUUAAUGAGACCAUUUUUGUUGGGGUGACGUACUGUUUCUCGCUGUGCUCCGCUGCUGUUUCUCCCCUGAAAGCAGUGAAGCCCCGGGCUCCCACAAACCUCGCUGUUACCAAGAGCCAGGCGAAGAAGUCAUUUACACUGACCUGGGAAGACAGCUCCAGUCUGUUUCCCUCACCAGUAAAGUAUGAAAUCCAGAUCUCAGCUGAUGGGGAAAAGCAACCGGUAGAUCUCGCAGAGCGCACGGAUCGCUAUGAGCUCCACACGGACCGGCUCUUGGCAGGAAAAAACUACACCGCCAGGAUACGAUAUCAGCUCAAGGAGUGGAGAAGCCUCUGGAGUGAUUGGAGCAGCCCCUGCAGUUGGCGCAACGAUUUCGAGCCGGAACCUGGAGACCAGCUCUGGCAGUUUGUUCUCUUGGUCUGCUUCCUGGUGCUGGUGCUGGUUUCCACCUGUUACUGCUGCUUUGCCAGGCUGAAGCGCCACUAUUGGGACCAGAUCCCCAGCCCCAAGAUUGUGGACGACCUGGGGAGGAAGCCGUGUCCAGUCCCAUGGCAGAUGCUCCCGGGGGAGGAAAGGAAGGCGCCUCUCUGUGCCACAUCACCGGAUCUCUUGGAAAGGAGCUUCAUGGGUUCUCUGCCUAAAGACGGGAUGGCUUCCCUGGGCCGACCAGACAAGGAGGCCCAGAUGGUUCCCUGGGGGAAAUGGGAGGCCGUCCUCACCCCGGAAGUCCCUCCUGUGGAGCCCUCUCUGACCAUCUGCAGCCCUGCAGCCGGCCCCAGCACCCAGAUGGAGGAGGAGGAAGAGGACCGCAGUGUCCCUCGCCACCAUGAUGCCUUAGUGGACCUCUUUGUGGAUCUCCUGGGGGGCGGGGACUGCAGGGAAGAGGCUGAGAACCCCAAGCCUGUUGGGGAAGAGCCUCUGCCUCCAGCCGGGGUUCCACAACCAGCACUGGGCAGCCUCAGUUUGCUUGGCGAGAUGUCAAGGAAGAGCCUGGGGGGGUCUUCUGAAUCGGGCUGUCAGAACACCGUCAUUGCCACCUCUUCCCAGGCACCAAGCCCAGCCCCUGAGGAGCACCGAGGAGGCGACGACGGCCAGUCCUUUUCCUCCUCCCAAUACAAACGGCUUCUCUCUCCCCCUCCCCCUGCAGACCCCCAGGCCCCCCCGCCUUCCUGCUACAAGAGCUUCAGCAGCCUGGGGGGCUGGCCCACAGCCCCCUCCCACCAGCCGUGGGGCCCCCAGCAGGACUUUCCCAGCUGGCCUCUGAGCCACAAAGCAGCAGCCCCGUUCUGCCCUCUCCAGCAAGAUGGAGCCGCCUCCUGGAACACUCCGGCCACAGGGGAGGCUUACCUGCCUGGCUACCGGCCCUUCCGGCCAGCCUCCCAGGACCCCAGAAGUCUGGGCACAGGCUCCCCCGACAACCUGCCCCUCCUUGCGGCCUCUGGGAGCGCUCCCAAAGAAGGCCCUCCAGAGGCGGAGAGAGAGCCCCUGCCCUGGGCCUUCAGCCGCUGCCUGCUGGAAGAGGAGGAGGGGGAGGAUUGUGGCCAAGAGGGUGCCAGGCAGCAGACAGGAGCUUCCCGCCCCAGGUGCCCGUGGCCCCUUUGUGACUGGAGCCGGACAGAGCAUGAGGUGGUGUGCUCAAGGGCCCUUUGCGCUCAGCCGGCUGCUGGGUCUUCCCUUGGCAAACAGCUUCGGAACCUGGAAGUGGGGCACGAAGGGGGAAGGAGGCAGCCUGUCCCUUUGCCCCACCAGCUGGGGCGUUCAUGGUAUGGGAGCCUCUUCCAGUCUGUGCCAUGGGCCCUGCCGCUGCCUCCUGCCCCAUGGACAGCUGUGGGGGUGGUUCAGAGGAGGAGGAGGCUGGCCAGGCAGCCAGCCAGCCCGAGGAGGAGGAGGAGGAGGAGGAUGCGGGCCCAGGCCCUUCUGGUGCUGCUGCUGCUGCUGUGCCUUCAGCGCGGCCAAGGCGACUCAGCUUGCCAGAAUCUCAGGUGUUUUGCAGACUAUAUCCAGACGCUGACCUGCAUAUGGGACACUGGCCCUGGGGGUGCCCCCCCUGGAGGGAAGCUGCACAAUCUAACUGGCUGGUGGGACUGUGGCCACGGGGGCCCCUGUGCCUUCCUGCCCACCUUCAGUACUGCCAGCCACACACGCUACACCUGGACCUCAGAGCAGAAGCCCCCGUGUAUCUUUGGCGACACCUUCGCUGUGACGAUGACGACACUCACAGACGGAGGCCCUGCCAUUCAGCAGGAAUGCGGGCCCUUCCAGUGCCACGAAAACAUUAAGACUCAGCCCCCUGCCAAAGUGACAGCCACUGCCUACCCGGGUGGCUACAACGUCUCCUGGGAGAGCGGCUACACAGCCUACGACUACCUCCACGGGGAGCUGCAAUACCAGCUGCGCUACAGGCUGAAGGGACGCCCCUGGCACCCGGAGGGGGGAGGCAUGGCCGCAGGGGCCCUGAAGCCGGUCUUGCAGGACACCCCGACUCUGUGGCUGUCAGCCCAGGAGCUGGAGGGGGGCGUGGAGUACGUGCUGGAGGUGCGCGCCGGUCUGAGGGACCACUCCCACUACAAGGGCACCUGGAGUGACUGGAGUCCUGCCUGCAGCCUCCAGACGCCGCCCAGGGGCACCGCAGGAGCCCCCGCUGCCGCUGCCUGGGUGGUGCUGACGCCACUCCUCGCCUUCAGUCUCACGAUCACCCUUCUGGCCUUCCUGUGCAGGCAUUCCAGACCAUGGCAGAAGCUGGAGCAGCUCGUCCCCAGCCCUGCCCCCUAUUUCCAGACCCUCUACCUGGUCCACAACGGAGACUUCAAGAAGUGGGUGGGCACCUCCAGCGCCAGAGCCCCCCUGGAUGCCUCCGAGGAGGAGAGUUGCACGGCCCUGCCGGAAGUCUUCAGGAUGAGGCCCAAGCCCCUUCUCGCUACAGCCGACCCAGGGCAGACUGCUGCCUCCCUGCCAGCCUUCGCCGAGGAGAGUCCCAGAUCUGCGCUGGAGCAGGCCUACGCCCACCUCCUCUCCAUCCACACCGUCACCCUGGCAGAUGCCUGCGGCCUGCAACCCGAGGACUACCAUUGCCUGCCUGGGGACAGCAGCCACGCCCGCUUGGCCCAGCUGCAGCAGCAUCACCAUGGCAGCCCCCUGAGCACCUCCUCCCCGCCCUCUGCCCGCCACCUCUGCUGCAAGCCCCUUUCUCCCGGAGACCCGGGGGAGGGCCUCGACCUGGACACGCUGGACAGUGGCUUCGUGGACUCGGACUGUGGCAGCCCCCCCGGCGACUGGGAGCUCCAGGGGGAGGCCGCCACCUCCCUGCCCAGCUACGUCAAGCAGCUCCUGGAGGAUGGGGAAGACGGGCAACCCGCUCCGGGCAACCUGCCUGCUGCUGCAGCUGCUGUUCCUGGCUGCAGAGAGACAGCGGAGGAGAACAGCACCUCAAGGCAGAGGCUGAGUGACCUCACCUGCUGGCUGUCGCCCUCCAACCACACGCGGGGGGAUGAGUUCCGCUGCUCUGCGGAGGGACGGGGAGAGUUCGAGGAGAACGACCGCUACGAAGUCUUCUUGCACGACGCCUCCUUGGGAGGGGAAGCUGUCCACCCUCCCUGGACCUAUGAGCCCAUGCGGAACAUCAAAUGCGAUCCGCCCUACGACUUCCAGAGCAACAUGAGUGGCAGCAAGUGCCUGAUGGAGUGGAAGAUGCCAGAGGCCUACGUGGUCAUCUGGCGGGCCAUGCAGUGGCAGCUGCAGUUGAGGGCCACCCAGGUCCCGUGGGAGCAAGCGGAGACCAAGACUGUGGUCAGCGGAGAGACGUGGAUGGAAAUAGAUGCCUCUGAGUUCACUCCAGGCACCAGCUACAUCGCCAGAGCGCGCUGCAAAACCCCCGACAGCAACGAUGCUUAUGUCAGCCAGUGGAGCGAAUGGAGCACCGCCACAGAGUGGAGCACCCCCCCAGGACCUCAGCGGCGGCAGCAGCAGCAGCAGCGAGAGGAAUCCUUGGCUGCCUUUGCCUCAGUCUCUCUCUGCCUGGGCGCCCUGCUGCUUCUGCUCCUUCUCACCAGCUUUUACUCAAGGAUCAAGAGGUGUUGCUUAGCAAGCACCCCCAGCCCCGCAGCCUUCUUCCUGCCCCUCUAUGCCUCUCACAAUGGGAACUUCCAGGCUUGGAUUGGGAUCAAAGAGCAGGAUGGCAGCAGCACUUACCCUGGCAAGGGUGCCUGGCCCGGCCUGGCGACCCCGAGGCCCUCAGAGGGUAUUUCCCAGCUGUCCUCUUUCAAGCGCCUCCCGGAAGUGGAGCAGCCGUUGGAGGAGAGAGUUUGCCACUGGCUUGGAGUUCCACAGCAGCAGGACAAAGUCAGCAAGGAUCUCAUCCUCCAGCGGGGGGAAGCACAGGCCCCGAUUCUGCCUGGAAGAGCUCCUCUCCGCCUUGAAGGCCUGCAUGCCGCGGGGGAGGGCUUCCCUUAUUUGCCAUACAAGAACUCCCUGCUUGUGGAGCAGAGCCCCCCACAGGCGACAGAAAUCCUUGCCCCCCGCAGCAAACCCUCUUGCUGCCUGGGUUCCAGCCCCACCUCCCCUCCGUGGGUCCUAGAAGAGAGGCCAAGCCGGGUGGAGGGAGGCUUGUAA